AUGUUCAGAUACGUACCACCAUUUGGCUCCAGCGAUCCAUUUUUUGACAACUUCUUUGGUUACGACCAACCCGACAGGCAAAGACGUCCAAGAAGGGCCAUCAACUACGAUGAUGAUGUUGGUGACAGACAGCUUACCGGCUACAGAAACUACCCACAGUCUGUUGGUAGAUGGUAUGACGACUUUGGCCACUUGAGAGACUUGGGUGAUGUUUUGAAAUUGAAAGAAGAGCCAGACAAGUAUUUGGUGAAGGUGCGGGACGCUAACGCCUCUACUAAGGAUUUGCAAGUGAAUUACCAUAAGAAAGAGAACCAGUUGGAGGUGACCAUCUCGCACAACCAAGAGAGCUCUGAAGGAAACCACAGCUACACGUCGCUGUCCAUGGCGACCAGCAGAGUUGGAUUUGACAAGGCUGUGGACUUUGAAAAGAUCACUGCCGAUGUGGGAUCUGAAGGUGUAGUCAUUAUAGUUCCAAAGAUGGAGCGUGAUGAAGACAAUAUCUUCAAGAUUGACAUCGGCAACUCGAAGAAGCAGGAUAAGAUUGAGCACCCCAAGGAAUCUGAAACCUGA